AUGCCACCGCGGCACUUGUCUUUGCCCGCGAACCAACGAUUCUGGAGGCCGUGGUUAACCGGGAGCGUCCGUCUGACAAUGGAUUCUGAAUUAUCACACAGUGUGGUUGGGAGCUAUCUUAACCCCCCGGAAAGAACGUGUCUUCCAUCAUUCACACAGAAUGAAGCACUUCAGAAUUACCACCCUGGGAACUCUCCUAAAAUGUUUAAUAGUCCAAACAACCAAGCACUUGUUUCAGCAUUAAAAACUCUCCAGGAAAAGAUUCGUCGUCUCGAGCUGGAGAGGACGCAGGCUGAAGACAACCUGAACCUUCUGUCCAGAGAAGCAGCGCAGUAUAAGAAGGCCCUGGAGGUGGAGACCAGCGAGAGGGACCUGGCACACCAGGAGCUGAUUAAGCAGAAGAAAGAUAUAAGCAUACAGUUAAGCUCCGCCCAGUCUCGUUGUAUUCUUCUAGAGAAGCAAUUGGAAUAUACAAAGAGAAUGGUUCUCAAUGUAGAACGAGAAAAGACUAUGAUCCUAGAACAGCAGGCCCAGCUUCAAAAGGAAAAAGAACAAGAUCAGAUGAAGCUUCACGCUAAGCUUGAAAAGCUCCAUGUCUUAGAAAAAGAGUGCUUGAGACUGACGGCGACUCAGCAGACUGCGGAGGAUAAGAUUAAAUAUCUAGAAGAAAAACUAAAGGAGGAGGAGCAUCAGCGCAGGCUGUUUCAAGACAAAGCGUGUGAGCUUCAAACUGGAUUUGAAAUCAGCAAAAUUUUAAUGUCCACAGUUUCGAAUUCAAAGCAUUGUAAGGAAAAGAAGAAACUACCAAAGAAAACGAACUGUUUAAAGAGAUCGCCACCUCAGCAAGCGGACCACAAGUUUAGAGCACCGGCUUUUGAGAGAGGGAAGAUGGUGUAUCCCUGUGGGCUAGAUGACCUUCAGAAACCUGUUCUAGCCACUGAAGCAUGGUGUCUCUCUAAGCCUUUCAGAAUGACUGCCCAGACUAGAGCUAACUCUCAUAGCUCAGGAGAGCCUGUUUCCAUUUGUGACAGUUUGUCUGAACUCUUGAUGACAAUGCAAGCCGAGCUGGACCAAAUGAAUAUGGAGCACAGGGAGCUCCUGAGACAAAUGAUGCAGACUGAGAGCCAUUCCAUCUCUGAGGACAUAGAGCACGAGCUGGAGCAAUUAGUCAAGAAGAUGGACAGCAAAGGAGACCAGAUCUCCAAACUCAAGAAGCAUCGGGACAGUGUCCGUAAACUGCAGGAAAGAGUUGAGAACUCAAGGAUAAAUGAAUCUUCAGGUAUUCAUGGCAACCCUAAAGGAUCAAAGAACUUGAAAACUAGUCCCCGGAAAUGUGUGAGUGAGACCAGUGCUUUUCAGAGGGACAGCGGCUUUCAGCCAGUGCAGGUUCACAGCCUGCAGACAAAGCUGCGGCGGGACGACAUCACGUGGGAACAGUGACCACCGCAAACUGUCUGUCCGUAAAUGAAGCUCGCCAGUGAGACCUCACGCCGGCUCCGUGGUUUUUAUUUCAUGUGCUCUUGGGAACCCUUGAAUUAUGUUUCUGGCUGCUAUAAAAUAUGAAGCUGUACAUUUUCAGGAUAAUGGCUAAUAACCUAGUGACCUCCAGGGUCCCCGGAACAUAGAUGACUGCUAUUCGCUGUUGUUAACCCGAGGCCCUGGCCCCAUCACGCUCUUUAGAAGCAUUCACUGUGCAGCCCCGUAAGGUGAAUCCAAGAAGCUGUACUGAGUGGAUACUCACUAGAAUCAUGUUACUCUGACAUGUGGGUACCAUUCCACAGUCUGAUUUAUGCAGGCUGUCCCCUGUAGAUCCACACGGAAUGAACAGAAGCCUGGAACUGCCGCCUUUCCUUGUUUGACAUCUCAGCAGUGUUCUUGUUUGUUCUGUUUGGAAAGGAAAAACACAGUAAUUGUGCAGUUUUGUGAGAACACAGUAAUUGUGCAGUUUUGUGAGAAUGACCUUAACUAAGCUUUGAUAUGACAGCCACAAAAUGAGAUGCAUAACUGACUCCCUUGAAGACUAUUAAUUCAUCUUUCUUCCUCUGCCCGCUCGUUCUCCUUUACAACCCGCUAACCCUUUAAACUCCAACAGUUGGUUUUGUCGUACUCUUUUAUAACUUCCUGGUCUUUUCAUUCAUGUUACAUGUGAUUUAUAUCCAUAUAUGACAAUGGAGAUGCCUAGGACCCAAGAAGGCAAUGGGAUUCUGUAAGAAGGUAGGCAUUUAACUGACGGUAUCACAGGAGAAGAUGGAUUAGGUAAAUGCGGGGUCUCCUUCUGUACUUUAAAAUCAGUGAUGUCGCAAUGGAUUUCUUUGUUGUAUACACAUGUUACAUAAUAAAUUUAUACUUUUUGCCUUUCCUAAAA